CUUUUGCAAUUGACCAAAGAUAAAUAAGCCUCCCAUCUCCGAUUGGUGAAUAUAAUUUACAAAAUAUAGCUAUAUAUAUAGCUGCAUAUAGUCCCAAGAACAACCACCAAUCUCAGUCCUAAUCUUCGCCUCUCUCUCUCUCUCCUAUCUUCUAAAAGAGUUGCAGACGUUGAUCAUAAUGACAAAGGUACACCCAAAAGCCACCGUCCCAGCGCUAGCGCCACCCUCUAGCAAUGGCUCCCCGGCGGUCCUGACCGUGUGGAAGAAAUCGCUGCUAUUUAACUGCGAUGGCUUCACCGUGUUUGACGCCAAGGGCAACCUAGUCUUUCGAGUUGACAAUUACAUGUCCCAUAAUAAUGCUCAAAUUGUUCUCAUGGACGCUUCCGGCAACUCUCUCUUCACUAUCCGCCGCAAGAAACUGAGCUGGUUGGUGUUUGGCGGUGAGACUUCAACGGAUCCAAGGUUUUCGGUGAGGAAAAGCAUCAAUCUCUUGAAUACAAAGUGCUUAGCUCGCAUGAGCUCCCCGGACGGGAAUCCAAAAGCAGGUCACGUGAUUGAGGGGUCCUACGUGCAGCGGUGCUGUGCCAUGUACGAUGAGAACCGACGGCAAGUGGCUGAGAUCAAGCCGAAAGAGGCAGCCGUCAAAGGCGUAGCUUUCGGAAUGGAUGUAUUCCGUCUAAUCGUAGAGCCUGAAUUCGAUAUGGCUACUGCCAUGGCUAUUGUCAUCAUCCUCGAUCAGAUGUUCGGGUCUUCCACCAUUUCCCGGCGGGGUCUCUGAAUUUGAUUUCAUCCCAAAUAUUUUCACCGAUAGACAAGAUUUAAUUUCGUUUUGUAUUUAGCUUGAUCUUUUCGUUUUUGAUAAAAGAUUAAGCUCUUCUCUUAGGUGCAUAAUAUAUCAUAGGUAUAAAUAUCGCUCAACAAACUAAUGGAAUUUGCUCCAUGUAUUUGCUUGUACGACUGCAAAUCCUUGUACUUGUUUUAUAUUUUGCAGGGAGUAGUCGAGCUUGAUUGUGAUUAUUAAUUAGCAGUUUUCCUGUAGUU